AUGUCUCUUCAAGAUCAGCCACAACAACCAGUCCAAGUUUACCCAACAAAUCAGCCACCUUCAUCUCACCACUCAAAUGGGUCUUUUGGGGCAGUUUUCAUUGUCCUUGCCAUAAUACUCGUCAUUUCUGUACUUGCUUGCUUUCUUGGGCGCCUUUGCAACAAACGCUACAAUAGACACAGUAGCAGCCAGAGACCCCCUAAGCAGCAUAGGCCACAGAUCCAUAAUUUGCAUCCAAGAGAUGAAGGGGACAUUGAAUUUGGGGUUGACAAAAGAAUGCCACCACCAAUUAUAAGGACCAAAGGGCAAGGUCAUGGUCAUGGUCACGGUCACGGUCCUCAUAGUCAUGGAGCAGGCACAGGACCCCACCUACAUGUUAAUGACAACAUGAGAGAAUUUGAAAUCAGACCUGGCCAUGGAGAAGAGCUUAGAGCAGGUGCAUGA